AUGGCUACCGCGUACUUCCCUGUCAAGCCAGAGGAGAUUGCUGACCUGUUGGUAUCGCAGGAGCUCCUUGUCCGCCACGGCCAGCUCCAAGCGCUGUAUCGUGAAAAGUGCGACGAUUAUAGUAAUGAGGUCGAAUCUCGCCGGAUGUGGCAGACCAAGGCCAACAAUCUGGGGCGAGAAGUAGCUUCUCUAAAUAAGGCUAACGAAUCUAAUCCGUUUGUCUUUGUGAUUAUUGAUGGUGACGGCGCGGUUUUUCAAGAGGCUUUACUAAAGAGGGGCGCCGAUGGCGGCGCCGAAGCCGGGUAUCUCUUGUUUACAGAGAUUAAAAAUUACGUUACCGAUGCCUAUCCCGAGGCCGCCAGCGAGGACUGGAACAUCAUUGUACAGGUAGUCCUCAACGUUGACGGACUCGCCAAGAAGCUCCACUCCUCUUGUGUCAUUCCAAACACGUCGACGGAGAGGACCCUUGCCGAGUUCGGACGCGGCUUCGGCCGCGCGCAGCCCCUUUUCAGCUUCAUCGAUGUCGGCUCUGGCAAGGAGUCUGCCGACCACAAGAUCCGCGAGAUGCUUCGCGUCAUGGUUCGUGUGACUCAGUGCAAACAUAUUUUCUUUGGUCCUUGCCAUGAUAAUGGAUAUCUUCCUGUCCUCGAGCCCUACAAGCUGGACCACAAGGUGGCCAAGAAGUUCACCCUAAUCGAGACAACACCGGCCGAAGAGGGCUUCAAACAGCUCAACUUCCACAGGAUUAGCUUCAAGUCUGUAUUCAUGUCGGAGAAGUUGCCUGAGAGAUUUCAACGCCCAGUCAUCACGAGCAUGCCGCCACCCCUCGACGUCCCAACUGCCGCCUCCGUUACGCCAUCGGUUAACACGGCCAAUACCAAGCCAGUUCAUAACAGUUUACCUCUGAAACCCUCAACUGAGAACUCUUUGCGCGUAAAUAGUCCACCCUCGAACGGCGCGCGGACAUCUACUCCGUGGUCUGCGGUGACCAAAACUCCGUCGACACCCAAGACCAUUGACAUAUCGACUGCUAAGAAGGCCUCGGUCCGCAAAUAUUAUCUGCUCAACAAAGACAGUCAGCGCGUCGACGAGCCGCUGCCCAAGAUAGAUCCUGCAGCAGAGAAAAGGUUCAAGGAGCGGAUGAGCAAAGAAGGAAAUUUUUGCAACAACUAUCAUCUCCACAACAACUGCAAGAACCCAGAAUGUCACUACGUUCACGGCGAGAAGCUGAGCCCGGGAGAGCUGCUGGUGUUGAAGCAGAAGGCUGACAUCAUUAGUCCCGCGGUAUACCUUGCAGUAUGGGCUCAGAUUGCGACGAUAUUGGUUGUACCUCCGGGCAUCAUUGCAGAUGGCUUCGCGACUGCAACCACAACUAUUGCCGCUUUGAGGGUUAUCACGACAUUGAUAGCGUAUGUUCAUCCUUUGAUGCCCGUGCGUCUCUUUGGAGAUCUGUGA